AGGGGAUUGUGAUGGUGGCCCACCUGUGGAAUCCAGCGAGACCAAAUGUCAGCACCUCAAAAGAUGUCCUUUGGCUGCAGUUGACAGCAUUGUAGUUUUCUGGAUGGCAGCACAGGACAGGGAAUCAGUGGAAGCCCGGGGAGCAGGAGAAAGCGGCCCAGCCUUCCCCAAGGUGGUGCCUGAUGACCCCAUGUCUGAAGGGAAGUCAAGGCCUUCUUUGGAGGCGGAGUCCCCGAAGCCAGACUCUUCCUACCACUACCUGGAGGAGAUGGAAGCUCGCGAGGACGGAGGCUGUCCAGGGCCGCCCAAGUCACUGUGCUCCAAGGCCGGUCCCACCGCCAAGGGCCAGGCGGGCGACGCACCGGAACUCGAAGAGCUGCCUCCGGCCCCGGCCACCCCCGGGACCCCGGGGACCGAGCGCAACGCCGAGAUGGAGCUGGAGAAGGUGCGCAUGGAGUUUGAGCUGACGCGGCUCAGGUACCUGCAUGAGGAGAACGAGCGCCAGCGGCAGCACGAGGAGGUGAUGGAGCAGUUGCAGCAGCAGGCCAUGCCCCGCCUGUUCUCCGGAGGCCUCCAGGAUCUCCUGCUCCCCCAGAACCAGUUUGCCAUGUUCCUGUACUGCUUCAUCUUUAUACACAUAAUCUAUGUCACCAAGGAGAUGGUCUUCUUCCUCUUCUCCAAACACUAUCUGUUCUGCAUCGCGGCCAUUCUGCUCUGUUUGAUUAAAACUUUAUGGUCAUACUUCUAGGUGCUUUCGCUCCCU